AAGAAUUUCCAUCCCCAUUUGCGUUUCCACUUCCACCACCGCUUGCCGGAUCCCUAGUCCACCUUCCGUGUCUAUCUAUCUCAAAGCGGCAGCCGCUUCCCGCCACUUGGGCGCGCGCCCUCGUGAUCCCGGGCGACCGACCGAGCUCGCCGUCUCGGUCUCAGGUGCGGCCGUGCUGCUGGUUUCGCUCUCUAGGGGCGAGGGGUAGAGAGAGAGAGAGAGAGAGAGAGAGAGGGCUUGGGGCUCUUUGCGCUUUCUUUCGGGGCUGUCCGGCUGUGGGUCAAAAGCGCAGCGCUUUCCGCUCCACUUCCCCACGCCGGAAUCAAAAUCUCCCAACUCCCGUCGAUGCCCCCUGAUUUGGUUCGCGGUACCGGCGCAUGACCUUGCUCGGAGAGAUCUCCCUUUUGGUUUGGCGUCAGGGCUCUGGGUGGUCACGCGGCUUCUCUCUUCUUGGUGCGUUUCACAUGUCCGAGUGCUGUGAUUUCUGUCCACUGGGGGAGUGAUUCUGCUGCUGUUAGGUGUGCGCGGGUCGGGAUGGGGUGAACUGAAGUGUUCGUGAAAAGACCGGGGUUAUUACGCCUGUCUGCUUCCCUGCACCUUGUUCUUGUGCCCAUACUUCUUGCUUUUGUCACGCCUGAACCGUGUCUUGUAGUAUCUGAGGCUUGGCAGUUGGCAAGUAGCAGCCUGUGCUAACAUUAGAUAAACCAUUUCUGGUCCCAGGGCACAAAGGUGUACCAAUAUUACAUACUAGUUCUGCUCCUUGCUGAGGUGAGAUUGUUGGUUUGAUCUGUUGAUGGGGCUGCCAUGAACCACGGGAUGUUGAAUUCUGUCAAGGUGGAGAGCCGACCGUCGGAGGUCACUGCCAACGGCCAGCCUAGGCCAAUGGAUGGGCUCCAUGAUGGUGGCCCGCCGCCGUUCCUAACCAAGACAUAUGACAUGGUCGAUGACCCAACCACAGAUGCUGUUGUCUCUUGGAGUGCCACCAAUAAUAGCUUCAUAGUUUGGGAUCCUCAUGUCUUCGGGACGGUGCUGCUGCCAAGGUACUUCAAGCACAACAACUUCUCCAGCUUCGUUCGGCAGCUGAACACUUAUGGUUUCAGAAAGGUGGAUCCUGACAGAUGGGAAUUUGCUAAUGAGGGGUUUCUGAGAGGUCAGCGGAACCUGCUCAAAAACAUUAGGCGCCGGAAACCUCCACACUCAUCUCCAAAUCAGCAAUCUCUUGGCUCUUACCUUGAGGUAGGGCAUUUUGGAUAUGAUGAAGAGAUUGAUCAGCUGAAGAGGGACAAGCAGCUGUUAAUGGCUGAAGUAGUGAAACUGAGGCAGGAGCAGCAAAAUACAAAGUCAGAUCUACAGGCCAUGGAAGAGAAAUUAAAAGAUACCGAGCAGAAGCAACAGCACAUGAUGGCAUUCAUGGCACGAGUAAUGCAGAACCCUGAGUUUAUGCAUCAACUGGUCUCCCAGCACGAGAUGAGGAAGGGGCUCGAGGAUGCCAUCUCAAAGAAGAGGAGGCGCCGCAUUGAUCAGGGACCUGAAGCUGAUAGCAUGGGCAAUGGUUCUAGCCUGGAGCAAGGGUCACAUGCAGUGUUUGAACCACAAGAGCCAGUGGAAUCACUUGCCAAUGGUGUUCCAUCUGAUCUGGAAAGUUCAUCUGUUGAGGCAAAGGGAUUUGAGGUUCAACAAGGUGUUUCUUCCGGUGGCUCUGAGCGUUUGAAAGGCAGGCCAAGUGGAGAAUUAAAUGAUGAUUUCUGGGAGGACCUUUUGCAUGAGGGGGGGCUCGGUGCAGAGGCUGGUAAUGCAGUUGUUCAGGAUGAUAUGAACAUGUAGUCUCAGAAGGUAGCCUACCUCAAUGGAAACAACAUAAACCCAGACAUCAGCAGCUCUUGUUUUAUCACAAUGGCUCCGAGUAUCUUUACUGUUAUCCUCGUUAUAUCGCUGCCUGGACCUGAUCAGGUGUCCUUCAACCUAUGAACUGCUCUAUCUUUUACAGUUGUUAAUAUAACACAUUCAGUUCAGCAUGUGGAGUUGAAGUAUUUAGAUUAAGAUGUCUCUAUGGUCUCCAGAGAUAAUCAUAAUUUGUUUCACAUGGCCGACACUGUUUGAGCAAAGACCAUGGUCAUGUUGCAGGCAGGCUAUUAGUGUAUCAGUUCUAACUAAUGGCAGGAUACAGCCGAGUGGCCUGCCUUGUAGGGAGGGAAGACCAGAUAGCUUGAUCCUUCCAUCUCUGCUGAUUUACCUAUUACGUGAGAAACUACUUCAUCUCGGAACUUGGCAUUUCACUGUAUAUAUAUCAUAUUAUCACCGUAUCUGUGAAUAACUGUCUUGGUUUCCCCACUUAUUUUAAGUUGUCUUUCAUUUUCA